UACGUCCACUCAUGGGUUCCCAGGCCGAGCCUGCCACUGACCUGCUGCAUCACCCUGGUGAGUCACUUGACCCCUUGGAACCUCCACUUAUCUUCAUCAAAGUGAGAAGGUUGGCCUCGAAGAUCUCCAGGGACCUUCUGAACUCUUGGAAAUUGGUUUCCUUUGAGAGUCUUGAGGGAGGAAAAGGCUGGAGCAGGAAGAGAAUUGGACCUCCUCACUUCCUCAGGGCUGGGACUAAGCCAAGUGAUAUCAUAAUGGGCAGUGCCCAUCCUGGAAGGGGUAGCAGGGUGGGGUAGGAGCAGGAAAGCUGUGAGAGGGGGAAGUUGAGAGAUCCUCCAUAGAAGGGAAUCAUAGCAGCUAAGGGCACCUGCCAGGCUAGAGGUGUGGGCGAUCUGGAAGGGGGGGAAUCACUGAUGGUUUGCAGGAGCCCUUGGUAGGUAGAGCCCACCUGGGCAUUCCCUAGACCCCACUAUGUUCCUCUUCUCCCGAAAGACCAGGACCCCCAUCAGCACCUACACUGACUCCUACAGGGCUCCUAACUCCAUCAAGAAGGUCUAUAACGACCCACCUCUGUGGGCCUGGGAACCCAACAAGUUUGUGAGCCGGGGCCCACCUAAGACUUUUCAGCGCCCUGUGGAUCAGGAAGCCCUAGAGAAGAUGGUUAAAUGUGCUGUGCGGGACUACACCUAUAAGAGUUCCAUACCAGGCCACCCCUACUUGCCUGAGAAAUACUGGCUCUCUCAAAAGGAAGCAGACAAAUGCAACCCCAACUAUUUGUGUAGCGACUGGGGUAACGCAUGGAGAAUGGGACCUUACUGCUGCACUGGCUGGAACAAGUGUACCACAUGCCUUCCCCGGCUGCCUAAGGAAGCCGGGAUGGAGACAGCAGUUCGGGGUCUCCCGGGCUGGGGACCUGCGGACCCAGAGCGCGAGGUGGUGGUGAACAUGCUGAACUCGCUGUCACGGUACCAGACGCUGCCGCAGAUCACGCCCCGAUGCGGGUGCGUGGAUCCGCUGCCGGGCCGCCUGCCCUUCCAGGGCUAUGAAAGCCCUUGCUCGGGCCGCCACUACUGCCUGCGCGGGAUCGACUACUGCGUCGCCGGGGCGCCCUGCACAGAACGCCGCCUGCAGCCUUUGUGCCCCUCGCAGCCCACAGAGUGUAUCGCCCAGCGAGCACCGGCCCGGGAUGCACUGUGCUGUUAUAACGCCCCUGCGGCCGUACUACCCUUAUGCGAACCUUAGCAGAUGGAAAUACUAUGGAAUGAGAAGGUCCGUUCCGCCUCUCUCUCCCCCUUCCAGACUCUGGCAGGCCAGGUUCAG